AACUAAAGACUUUACAGUGAUCAACAGUUGCAGCUAACUCCCCGUUGUGGUGCAGUUGUAGAACUAUAAUAACAUGUCUGGAUAGUAACAACAAAACAUUACGAAUUGAAUGAUUAACGAGAAACUGAUUCAUGGUGCACCAAAUGUAUAUAAUGUUCAAUAAACAUUGUGUUCUUUUGGUCGAGGGAAGAACCAUCUAUUAUUGGCCUAAGAAGCAGGUAUGUAGGGAGAGCCAUCUACAAGGCCCUAAGAAGAUCCAAUGGUAUCUGUGAAAAAAGUUUUAAAUAGUAACAUAUAGCUUUUAACAAAGCCGUCUUGCUGGACUAAACACUUCAAUCAGGAGAUACAUGCUUUUCAACUUUAUGUAGUAUAAUGGAUAAUAGAGGAUUAGAUAAUUCACAGCCAUUCAAUAAAAAAUGGGAAAAAUUCUGUCGGCAUAACCUUGUAGAGGGCAAAAGCUGAACACAAAAGGUUGUGCCAAUUCAUCCAAGCACAAACUGAGGUUCACUACAUAAUCAAGAAAUAAAAGAAAGAUUAGUAGGAAAGACUGAUCAAUCAGAGAUUGAACCUAGACAAAGAAUUAAAAGAGAUAAAAGCUAUGUAUUAGAGAUUGAACCUAGACAAAUAAUUAAAAGAGCUAAAAGCCAUGUAUAUUAGAGAAGUGCAUAAUCUAGCACAAGAAGAGAUUUAAUUAGAGUGCUCCUGAGUCCUGAAAUAGUUACAUGACUCUUCAAUUGACAUUGAACGAGGCCAAACCAUUUCGAAACCAAAUGCAUCCAGAAAUAUUCUUAAGGUUGGUGUUCCAAGGAAGACUACCAAAUCAAGAAUGUCAACCAAAGGACGCACGAGUAUCACAUGGUAUUCCAAGCAACAUAAAGAAAUAAAAAGGCAAAGUUAAAUCACUUUCAGGUAAGAGAUAAAAAACAAACCACUACCUGUUCUUACCAGCUAUAUGGAACCUAGUGGCACAAACAAAAGAAAAGACAAAUCAUUUUCAGAUAAUCGUAUAGUCUUUAUGUAAUUUUCAGAGUGGGACUUGUGCCAAAGGAUAGAUUCCCCCUGCUCUGCAGCAUCAAAUACAUAAAUAUCUACUCCUAGUUAAUACAUCAUUUGGAUCUAAAUCAAAGAUAAUCAGUAUAGAUGGAUAUCAUUAGUUUGCAUCAAACAUCAAGCCCUUAUAUCUAAGAAGGAACAGAGAGAAGUCAGUGACAUGUGCUAAGACCCAAGAGUUGUAUUAUCUUAGGGAAAGUUCAUGGCUGCUUCAGCUAAAGCUCAUGGGUCCCCUGUGAGCAACUCUUGGGGAUUUGAUUUGCUAAUAUUACUGCCACAUGGCACUAGUAUUGCAGUAAAUGGUAUGAAGGGCCCAUUUUCAAUAAGAAAACACACUAAUAUUAUUCAAAUUCAGUGGAGAAUCCAUACUAGAUGCAGACUAAUAUCUAAAAUAAAAACUAAAAUCACUAAAGUACCUUGCUAAUUUCCCAGCAUAUUCCACCAACCAUAAUUAAGAAAAUUCGAUUAAAAAUAUUUCCCAUUAAUAUAUCAGAAUAUAUGAAACCUUUACCUUUUCACUAUAUAUAGAACUUGCAAUAAAACCUAGAAGAUCUACCUAUCUAUCUAACUCUUCAAACUAGGUUUAAUCAUGUCGGCUGAAACAUUUGCUCCCAUUAUCUAUGAAGAUUUUCUUGAGAACUUUUACUCAAGAAGGCUACUACUUCACAGAGCUUAUCAACCACCUACCAUGGCAUCUCCUCCAUUUGGAGACGCUCAUGAAGCAUCACACUCUCAUGCACAUCAAAUGAGCUUUGAUGCAAAUGUUGUUAUGGUCUUAUCAGUCCUCUUGUGUGCACUAGUUUGCUCACUUGGACUGCAUUCUAUCAUUAGAUGUCUGCUGAGGUACUCAUCUGAAGCUAGUGAGGAGCUUACAGUUCGCAUGGCCAACACAGGGGUCAAACGAAAAGCCUUGAAGAGUUUCCAGACGGUAAGUUACUCUACAGAGAUGAAUCUGCCUGGUCUUGAUACAGAGUGUGCUAUAUGUCUCUCGGAGUUUGUGUCCGGAGAGCGAGUCAAGCUUCUGCCAAAGUGCCACCAUGGGUUCCAUGUUCGGUGUAUAGACAAAUGGCUAAGUUCACACUCAUCAUGUCCCACUUGCAGAGACUGUCUCAUUCAGACUUGCCAAAAGAUAGCUGGGUGCAGUGAGACGACCUCAUCAUCUAAUCAACCACCACAGGGAAGCUUUAGCGUGCAUAUAGCACCGCUAGGACCAGAAAGAUUCAUACACGGCUUCUGAACAGAGUCAACUAGGCUUAGGUGAAGUUAUGUUGUAAAGCUUGAUAUGUAUGUACUGCCAGUGGCAGCUUACCUGUAGUUCAAUAUUGAGAAAAGAGUUAUCAUUUCAACUGUAUAGUUUUAAAUCAUUAUGAUAUGUUGCUUCUUCACUC